UCAGUAUAAACAUUUCAAAUUAGUGGCAAAAGCAAAUAGUUUUCAGUAAGACGCCAAGUGAGUUGAAUGCAGCUGCUAUUUAAAAACUAAGAUUCAAAACGUAAAAACCAGUGUAACAUUGAAACGGCCUUUUCGGGGUUAUUUAAAAAAUGUCGAUAAAAUUAGCACCCACUAUUGAGCUGAGCAAUGGCCAGCAGAUGCCUGUUGUCGGUUUGGGCACUUGGUGUUCCUACGAUAAUGAUGCAGAGAAAGCUGUCAAAGAUGCCAUCGACAUUGGCUAUCGCCACAUAGACACGGCUUUUGUUUAUGAGAAUGAACACGAAGUUGGCAGAGCCAUAAAAGCUAAAAUAGCAGAGGGAAAAAUCAAAAGAGAAGAUAUGUUUGUGGUCACAAAACUAGGUGGUAUUCAUCAUGACCCCGAGCUGGUGGAGCAUGCCUGCCGCAAGAGUUUGAAUAACUUGGAUUUGGGCUACAUUGAUCUGUAUUUGAUGCACUUUCCAGUGGCCCAAGCCUAUAAAGGAGACGAGAACGUUCAUGGCACCGGACAAUUUACCGACACUGAUUAUGUGGACACCUGGAAGGCCAUGGAGAAACUUGUGGAUUUAGGCCUUGUGAAAGGCAUCGGUUUGUCAAAUUUCAAUUCACAACAAACUGAAAGGGUUUUGCAAAACUGCCGCAUACGUCCUGUGGUCAAUCAAGUUGAGUGUCAUCCUGCCUUCAAUCAAAAGAAACUCAUCGAGUUCUCCCGCCAACGUCAAAUUGUCAUCACUGCCUAUGCUCCCUUGGCCAGACCUAGGCCCGCACAGAAAUGGCCUGCCUUCCUUUACGACGAGACGGCUCAAAGUUUGGCCAAACGCUACAAUCGCACCACAGCCCAAAUUAGUCUGCGAUACCUCAUCCAAUUGGGCGUUAUUGUAAUACCCAAAUCGGUGAGAAAGGAGCGAAUUGCUGAGAAUUUCAAUUGUUUUGACUUCGAGUUGUCCUCAGACGAUAUGAAGGUUAUGGAACGUUACAAUAGUGGUAGAAGGCUGAUUCCAUUCACUGGCAUGAGUCAUCAUAAAUAUUUUCCAUUUGGUAUUGAGUUUUAGAUAGACUUAAGCAUUUUUUAGAAUAAAUUAUUUAAUUUUAUAAAAAAAAAAAUAAGUUGUUAAAUCACUAACAUUUAAUUAUUCUUUAGAAUCACAAAAGAAUUCAAAUGAUAGAGCUGAUGUGUUUGUAAUAUAAGGUGGACAUUUCCAACUGGUCUUCGAAUAUAAGAGGGCCCUCAAAAUUUGACCACUUGGGCCUAUAUAAUUUCUUAUUACUAACUCAAAUGAAAGGUGUUUAGAAGCAGAGUACGACUCUAAUAAUAACGUUACAUAGAAAAAAAUA